AUGCGCACGCAUACAGGGGAAAAGCCGCACGCCUGUGACGUCUGCGGAAAGGCGUUCUCGACGUCAUCGUCGCUAAACACACACCGGCGCAUCCACAGCGGCGAGAAGCCUCACGAGUGCGGGGUCUGCGGGAAGCGCUUCACCGCCAGCUCCAAUCUGUACUACCACAAGAUGACACACAAUAAGGAUAAGCCCCACAAAUGCAGCCUUUGCAACAAGUCCUUCCCGACGCCCGGGGACCUGCGCUCGCAUAUGUACGUGCAUAACGGAUCGUGGCCGUAUCGCUGUGAUGUCUGCAACAGGGGAUUCAGCAAGCAGACGAACCUCAAGAACCACCUGUUGCUCCACACCGGUGACAAGCCACACGAGUGCUCCACGUGUCAAAAGAAGUUCGCCCUCUACUGCAACCUGAAGACUCAUUUGAAAACGCACGAAGACGACACACAGGGUAGUUGUACAUCAUGCGGCCGAACGUUUCUGAAGAAGAACGACGCAACUUCCGACAAGUGUUGUGACUGCGUGCGUGCGUCCUCACCGGAAGCCGCGUCUCCUCCGCCUAAGCGACACCUCAGUGACUUCAGCAUUUCCAAAUUGACGAACAUCGAUGACAAGACACCGGAGACACCGAGCCUAGCAAGCGCCUUCGACACCAGAAUCUACUCCUCCCUCUACCACCCCGCCAUGUUUUUGACUCCGCCCACAACUCGAUAUCUAGCCCCUGAACACAUGCCCAUAGGGUAUCUUCCGGUAUUUGGCAACAUGGGAUCGACUGAAAAUCACCUGCUGGCUCAAACUUCCGGUCUGCUGCCACGGUUUCCGCCCAGCCUCUCUUACGCUGAGGCCGCCUACAGAUACCACCACCAACAGUCGAUGAUGUCACUUAAGUCAGACUGGUCGCCGGGAGUCAUCGCGAAGUGA